AUGCUUGCACGCUUCGUCUCCUCUUCUUCGUAUCCAACUCUCUCUUUCCUCUCCAGAUCCGUUACUCUAGGCUUAGCCAGAAGAACAACACUCUCAGCUCUCACAAUGUCGAUGAACCUAAGAACCCACGCGUACGCAGGCAAUCCACUGAAAUCCAGAACCCCGAAAUCAACCGAGCCCUUCUCACCCGCUUCCGCCUUCGAAUCUCUCAAAUCCCUGAUUCCGGUAAUCCCUAAUCACCCAACACCUUCCCCCGAUUUCAAGGUCCUUCCCUUUAACAAGGGCCGGCCACUGGUGUUCUCCAGCGGUGGAGACGCUAAUACGACGCCUGUUUGGCAUCUGGGCUGGGUUAGCUUGGCUGAUUCCAAGGAUCUGUUGGCGAGUACUGGAGUCGAUCUCAGCGAGAAUUCGCUUGUGUAUUUAGGAGCCAAGGUGGAGGAGGAUUUGGUAUACUGGGCCGUUGAUUUGACGGAAGAAGACGGUGUGGAUACUGAAUUGGGAGGUAAGAAGUUGUGUUUCGUCGAGCUUAGGACGUUGAUGGUAGCUGCUGAUUGGGCGGAUCAACGCGCCAUGGAUGAAUUAGCUAUCGCCGGUCAUGCCAGGGCAUUGCUUGAAUGGCACAACGUAUCACGAUUUUGUGGAGCCUGUGGAGGUCAAACUUUUCCGAAGGAAGCAGGAAGGAGAAAACAAUGCUCAAAUGAGACAUGCAAAAAGCGAGUUUAUCCUCGUGUUGACCCGGUUGUUAUAAUGUUAGUUAUUGAUCGGGAGAACGAUCGCGCACUUCUAAGCAGACAGUCUAGAUAUGUACCGAGAAUGUGGAGUUGUUUAGCUGGAUUUAUUGAGCCAGGGGAAAGCUUAGAAGAGGCUGUGAGGAGAGAAACAUGGGAAGAGACCGGCAUUGAAGUAGGAGAAGUUGUCUAUCACAGCUCUCAGCCUUGGCCUGUUGGACCAAGUAGCAUGCCAUGCCAAUUGAUGCUCGGUUUCUUUGCUUUCGCCAAGACGCUUGAGAUAAACGUAGACAAAGAGGAGUUAGAAGAUGCUCAAUGGCACAGUAGAGAAGAUGUGAAGAAAGCACUGGCGUUCGCAGAAUACAGGAAGGCCCAAAGAACAGCUGCUUCGAAGAUAGAGCAGAUCUGUAAAGGUGUGGAGAGAAGCCAGAGUCUAACAACCGAUUUCAACGUCGAAAGCGGUGAGCUCGCUCCUAUGUUCAUCCCGGGGCCAUUCGCCAUCGCUCACCACCUCAUCUCAUCAUGGGUCGAUCAAGGUCCUCCUGGCGAUGCUCACUCAAAGCAACAAGCCAGUGUCUCUCUCUCAAGUUUGUAG